UGACAACUUCCAUAGUUGUUGGGCAAUUUGGCAAACGAAAGGAGAUUUCCAGAGCUUUCCUCAUUUUCCUCAGCUACAAGAUGAGCUUUGGAAUUCUCAGAAGGGCUUCACAAACGCAUCAUCCCCCAAACACAAAGCGAUUGCCGUCACUUCUUUCCCUACUAUUUUCACGCUCCUUCUCUCAGCUUUGCUCGCAAUCCCAACGGCCUUCUCUUGGUAUUGCGUUCGACAUUGACGGUGUCGUUUUGCGCGACCACACUCCUAUCGGAGGCUCCCCCCAGGCUCUGAGAAGGUUAUAUGAUGAGUCUGGUGUUCUGAAGAUUCCUUAUGUUUUCUUGACAAAUGGAGGUGGUUUUCGUGAAUCCAAAAGAGCUUUAGAGUUAAGUGAGCUCUUGGGUGUAAAAAUUUUGCCAUCACAGGUGGUACAGGGCCAUUCUCCUUUUAGACAGCUAGUGAAUAGAUAUGAGAAUGAAUUCAUUGUAGCUGUUGGAAAAGGUGAACCUGCUGCAGUGAUGUUUGAAUAUGGAUUUAAAAACGUGAUUUCAAUAGAUGAAUAUGCAUCCUGCUUUGAUGACAUUGAUCCACUGGCAAAAUACAAAAAAUGGACAACUAAGCCGAUUCCUAAUCAAAGUAGCAGUUUUGAGCAGAUAGCUCCAAGAGAGAGUGUUUACUCGCAGAGAGUUCAGGCGGCAUUUAUCGUUAGCGAUUCUGUUGAUUGGAGCAGAGACAUUCAGGUUCUCUGUGACAUUUUAAGAACCGGAGGUCUUCCUGGAAGGGAAAUUGGACACCAAGCACCACUAUAUUUUGCACAUGAUGACCUUAAAUUCCAGGCUACUUUUCCUUCUGAACGUCUUGGCUUGGGAGCUUUCAGAAUUGCAUUAGAAUCCAUUUUCAAUAGAAUUCACCCUAAUGCUCUGGAGUAUACAUCUUUUGGGAAGCCAAAUCCAUUUGUAUUCAAGAAUGCUGAAACUUUACUAAAGCAACUUGCAUCAUCUCUUGACCACGAACUACAUGUUGUGAAUCAUGCAAUUGAUGGAAGUCAUUUCAAGACACUAUAUAUGAUAGGAGAUAAUCCUUCAGUUGACAUCAAAGGUGCCCAGCAGGCAGGACAUCCCUGGUUUUCCAUUCUGACUAGGACUGGGGUUUUUAAGGGAAAGGAAAAUGAUGCCGAUUUUCCAGCAGACCUGGUUGUUGACACCGUAGAAGAAGCAGUGGACUAUAUUUUGAGAAAGGAGUGCGCCUCAUUAAAUUUAUAGAUCCAUACUUGUCCUGAAGUUCAGAAGGAGACCAGGCUCCAGGUCGUUCAAGAAUAAUGCUAUAAUGGCGUCAAGUUUGUCCACCUUAGUGAGUGUAAGUCAGUUCUGUUUUCUGGUAUGGAUGUUAUGAUAAUAAGUUCUGUCAUCAUGUAGACGGUUAUCUAUUUCAGUUAAGAGUUUAAGUCUAGCACUACUGUGCAGUGUUUUUGUGACAAUAGGUCUUUUAUAGUUUAUCACAUAAAGGGUUAGGAGUUUAUCUUUCAAUAGGGGUAAGAAUUCAUCUCCAAGCCUAUAUAUCUUUGUAUUUCUCUUAUUUAAGUUGUGAGUGAUUAAUAAAGUAACUAACUAGGCAUAAUUUUAAUCACAAA